AUGGAUGAGCAGCGUAUGUCCUCCCUUGAGGGGGAAGUGCAUGAUGGCAUUGAUGUUAUUGUGAAGCUUACACAGUUUAGUGGCGGUGAAGAUGGCGUUAAAACACUAAUUGAUAAAGAAAUUAAGAGGCUUCGGAAGAAGCUUUCUGAGCAUGUUGAUACAUGGAAUGCUAUGCAGUGUUGUGCAGCCAAAAUGUCAGCAAUUGGGAAACUUAAGGGAAACCUUAAAUCCUCUGAAAAUCUUAAAACAGAUACUAUUGAUGAUCUAUUACGUGUAAUUCAAGACUUAAAAAAUAAGUGUUUAUCACAUAAUCACAUUGACUCUCCUAGCAGUAAAACCUUUGAUGACAUGGCGUCCAUGUUUUCCAAGCUUUGUGAGCAUAAAAAAUCUCUUGAUACAAAUAAAAGUAAUAGUCCAACAACAUUAUUAAAUAACCUCUGCACAGGCCUCGAAAAAUUUCUCGGCUACGAGAAGGGGAAUUACACCGGAGAGGGCAUCGUGUACUCGGACCUCGACAGGCUGUGCGACGGGGUGAUGGCGUUCUUGCACGGGGUGCUUAAAGAUGUCCACGAUAAACAGCCUUACAAAGCAGGAAAAGAAAGCCAUUUGAAGAGUGUUGUUGAUGCUUUACAUAGUAAAUUAUGUUCAGGUCAUAAGGGUUUUAAAGAGGUCAUUGAGAAGGUGGCCGCCGGUGUCGGGGGGUACAAUAGGGAGGUGGAGAGGUCUAAUGAAGAUGUCAAGACAAUUAUAACUACGAUGCAAGGAAACAUGGAGAGUCUUCAAAAACAGGUGAGUGAAAUUUUAAAGGAUCAUUCUGAUGCAGGUACGCGGAAGGAAUUUAGUGAGCAAGAUGUCAAGACGGCCAUGGAGACCAUGAGCAGCAAAGUGGAGGCGGCUAAAAAGCACGCCGGAGCUUUCUGUACCGACAUUACUAAUGCACAUAAUAACAUUGCACAAUUUAAUAAUAAUUGUAGAAACACUGUAGAGACAGCACAUAGAAUUAUAACACAUGAGUCGGCGAUUGUUCAUAGAAUUUCAGAGAGAGCAUCUGAAGACUUCUGGAGUAUGGAGAAAGAAAUUAGUAUAACUCUGAAGAAGGUUGGACAAGACGUAAACAAGGAGCUCCGUAAGAAGAUAUCAUCCUUGGUAAAGCAGCUGAAAUCCCUAGUCGAAAGAAUAAGAGACAGGCUUAACGAGAUUAGUAUAAAGCUAUGGGACUAUGUCAAGAAUCUGCAGGAGUGGAUGAAUGAGGUUAAGAAAAUCGUUGCACCGGCAAUUGGCCAGUGCGAUUCUAUUCUUGCAGAAGCUAAGGGAUACGAUGGUAGUAGAAAGCAAACCAUCAAACAUGAAGCUGUAAAGCUACAAGAAUGGAAACAUAAGCUGGAUGACUAUAUUAACAACACCGUUAGACCAUCGAUUAAAAGUUUAGCUAAUGCAGCCCAUGAAGCAGUCAAAAGCUUAAAUACCGAGCUGAAGAAAGAUUUGGAGAGGAUGAAAUUAGCGAUUAGUGGGAUACUCGACCCGCUUGUAAGUAGGUCUGUGACAUUUUCAGAGCGCUGUGUGAGUACUAAAUAUGUGCUAACGCAAGCAAUAGAGCAGGUGGAAGUUCAACUUACGAAUCUGCAGAGUACUUCGAAUGUUGACGGCGUUACAAUGAAAUUUCUCACGGCUCUCAAAAAGAGCCCCCUGAACUGUGUCAAGACGUAUUUUACUGCACUUGAUGAGAAGGUUAUGGAGCCUUUAAAAACAGUUAUGCAAAGAAUAGGAGAUGGGAUUAGGAGAGGCGUUCAACAAGUCAAAAUGGAUGUGCUGGGGGGUGAGGUGAACGCAGCUAAGUUACAACUUACUGAACUUCAGCAUGUUGUUAAAAAUCCACAGACUGUAGCAAAUUUAGUAACGCUCACAAGCGAGCUCAAAACGUAUGGCAUGACCAUAUCAGUCCAUGAGCUUAAUCUAAAUUCCCACACUGGUGCCAUCCAAGCUGUUACCAAUAAGCUCACAACAUCUAAGCCCACCGUGACGAUAUCUGAAGCGACAGAUCUCUUGACCUCUCUCGGAGCUAUCGCCCAAGCUAUCUCAGACCACGCCAAGCAGGUUGUAGAAAAAGUCAUAGAAGCUAUUCAAAGUAAAAUUAAAGGAGAAGUUAACGUCGUGGCGAGCGCCAUUAAGGCAAGGGUCAACAGGAUUAAAGAGAGUAUAAAUGAGUCUACGAAGGAUGAAUGUGUACAGUACAGUGAAGCAGGCCCUAAAGCCGACGGCCUCGCAAAAUUGGUGAGUGAGUUUGACAUUCAUAUUAAUAAGGCGCUUGGGAGGCUUCAAAAAAAUGUUGAUACGGUAGCAUUUAAGAAGAAUGGGUGGACAUCCGACAUGAAGGUGGACGACACAUUGGAGGCGUAUGCUAAACACAGAAAAGGAAAGGUUGAGACGUCACUUGGCGAUAUCACCUUAUAUGCCUCCGAGGGGUUCGAUGUGAAUGCCACUACACGAGCCCUCAAUGAUCUUUCCGGGAAUAUCAUCAAGUAUCUUGAAGAUCUUAUGACGACUGUUUCUGACGCGGGCGGAAACAUACACUCGAGAUUAAUAACACUAAGAGAUAUUAAAAUUGACAUCCAUCUUAACGCAAUUAAGAGCCGUCUACACAAACUUCACAAUGAGAUGGCUGAUGCCAUCGAGUUGACGAACUCUUUCAUUACCAGAGAAGCCGACGAAGCUGGACAAGCAACCAUCACAGCACUCGAAACAUUCGUCGACAACCAAAUUGAAAAUACUAAAACCCAACUCACCACCCGCGCCCGCCGCAACUACGUCACCUCCGUCAAGGCGCUGCUCCAGGCCUUCGCCGCGAAGGUCACGCAGGAGCUGCAGCCGUUGCCCGCCGCGAUCGACGAGGACCUGCGCAUAGGAUUCAAGGGGUUUAUGAGGAAGGUGCAGGGGGAGUUUAAUGGUAAUGAAACAUCUGAUGUUAAUAUCAAGAGGCUUCAGAAUGGUUACGAUCUACAAUCACUCUGCAAUGGCUUCGAAAGAUUUUAUGCGCCACUCCACACAUAUCUCCUAGCAGAGGUUAAGAGACUUCACAAGGAAGAAUGUGAGAAGAAUCAGAAAACUACAACCGAAGAAGCUCACUACAGUGACAAACUUACUGCCAUUUAUUCUGCACUUACCGCACUAACUUCCCACAUUCACAGUACGAAUAGAUACGACUAUCAGCUACCUAGUAAACUUACAGCAGUACAAUCAGCAAUUAACGCCCUCACUCCAAAUGGCUUCUCUAACCCUAACACUGCUAUACUUGACGGCCUCACAGAAGGGCUUAGGAAAUUUGUUGAACAGCUAAACAAGGCGUACAUCAGCAGGUAUGACGGUGCGACGGCGAUUAAGGAGUGGGAGGCUGAUGGUCCCAAGAAGGAAGAUGGCUCUGAUAAUAAGAUCCUGACGCAGGACGGAAGAAACGGCGCGAAGGUGUUUUUGACCUGUGUGAGGACGCUCUUCAAUGAGUUGUAUAAUGUGUAUUACCACGGCGGUCAUAAAUGGAGAUCGCAGGAAAUCCAAGGCAAAGGGAAUGAAACAAAAUACAAAGAGUUCUUGCACAACUCGGGUUACGACGUCGUGAACCUUAUCACCAAAGACAACACCGGUUGGAAUGUUUCAAUCAGAUUGGCUAAAGCAUUCAAAAAGCACCAAGAAUUUAGUGAGUAUCCAGAUAAAUUCAACUCAGUCAAUGACUGCAUGGACCAUUUCAGUAAACAUCAAGGUCUUCUAUCAAGGCUCUUCGAUCACCUUGAACAGUAUUACCAAGUAUGCCAGCAUAUUCAUAUCCCUUCACCGAAGUCACCAUCCAACAUCUACGAAAUGCUUGAAUGGCUUAGUGGCCUGCGGUAUAAUCCCAUGUAUGAGAAGCUGCAGGGGCAUUUCACAAAAAUAUUCACUGCCCUACAGAAACAGUAUAACUUGCCGAGCGCCGAAUUACCAGCCGCGCUGCAUCCCAGAAUGAGCGACACAAUUCAAUCACCUCUAAAGCCUAGCCACCUAAUAGAUGCACUUGGCAGAUCGUGUGCCUACGCCCAAGACUCUCUAAUCGCAAUCCUCGGUCACGGCCACGAAGGUGGCCGGUACGCCGUCGAGUUUAAUACUAAUACAGAUAACUUAGAUUAUCCAAGCAGCCCAGCUAAAUGCUUUGACUUACUGUUAGAAAUAUCAUCUAGGGUAUAUAAUCAAAUGCGUUUCCUAUAUAGCCAGUGUCAGAACGGUCCUAGUCGUGGUGGCUGGGCGGACUGCUGGUACGGCAGGGGAGUCGCCGGUUCAUCGUGGAACUGCAACACCCUGCAAUGUCCAGACCAACCAUACAACCAAAUAGGUGAACAAAAGCAUAACCAAACAUGUAGUCAAAAGUGUAACCAAACUGUUGAGUGCGGUUUGAAAUCGCCACUCCAGUCGUUCCUCGAAGACGGCUUACAAGGUUUCCUUCCACAUACCCUUACCAAGCUUGGCUGUGGAGUAGAAUGUUCAGUUGCGUCACAUACUAAAAAUGGUGAAUUUCUCAAGAAGGUGCUUCACAGUUUCUGUGGCCAAGAAAAAUCUCACCUCAGUAAGUUCUGCGGCAUAGUAAAUUGCCUCAUGCAACGUCCACCUCAAACCCUGGGAGACAUGUUUGCGUUCUACUAUGGCUACCUUGAGAACUGGGAAGGAGGUGACAAAGGAAAAGACACCCUUAGUAAGAAGCAUAAACAUGACGCAUUUGAAAAGGCAGUCAAGGAAGCAUGUUUCGGAUCGACCUUCGAGUUUAAUCUCAUAUCAAUUUUCGAAAGCACUCGCCAUAGCGGCAAGCAUAUUACCCACGAAAAAGGUGACUUGUUCAGGAUUGUCCAAUGCCCGUAUAGCUUGGAAGAUACAUGCGGGUUUUUCGUAAGUUCACUAAGCUUCUAUAUUUAUAACAUGUACAGUGAGUGCUUUAGAAGCUUCUACCUCUCAUGUGUCGUGUAUAUUACCGAAGCGUUCUACAACAUGCUAUGUCAGUUGCGUGACGAAUGCUGUACCAACUGCACAUCACCAGCAUCUAAAUGCAACGGCAAUGUCUGUGCUAACGAGUGUAAGUUAACUGUACCGGAGCCAAAUUAUAAGAACCAUAACCACCAUAAGGAUUGCAAAUCCAUCGCUCAGUGUCCCCUCACAUUGCCAACCUUGACCAAAUAUGGAUUAAUGUUCAAUAGCGCCUACAGACUCACCGGUGAAGGUAAGGAAUCGAGACACAAGAGAACAUGCAAAGAUUUUUGCGAUGCACUGAAAAAUGUUCUGAAUAAUAAGAAAGCAGACGAAUAUGUGCUUGCGCAAUUGGUAUUCAACAAAAUACCAUCAUUCCUCUGGAAAAUCAGGGAACCCUUCUCCUACCUCUUACUCGCCCUCUGGUCCCUCUCUUUGCUCUACCUGCUGCACAUCCUCGUCGUCCGUCUCGACGUCCUCCGCAUCCGCUCCCACCUGAGAUCACCUUCAAGCCACCGCAUCGCCGCCCAGUCCCUCCUCGCCGCCGCACGCGUCAAGGCGCUCGCCAACGUCAAGUACUUCUCACCAUAA